AUGCAUAGGAGACCCUUAUCGGGAACACUGAAUUUGUUCAUAACAAUCGUUUGCAUAUACUCAACUGGGAUACUUACCGGCCAAGUGAUUUAUGGCCAUAAUCGCCGAAUUUUACCCGCGGACUCCUACCAGAUUCUUGGGAAGACAGGUGUCCGCCGUCUUGGACAAUGCAACAUCAGCUAUGCGUGGCUUGUUCCUCCGCCCACUUCCAGCCUUGAUGCUUACGGACAUGCAUUGGCGUGCACGCGUCUCCAACUUCAGAACGGUCACGUUGUUCGCAGUGCCUUAAAUGGCAAUGAAGAGGAAGAAAAUCAAGGUAACCGGCCAGAGGAGGAGCUUAAACGUAUUAACAAGGAACUUACAACAACAAUGAUUGAUUUAAAUCGUCUGGAUGCUCUUUUGCGGGCUGAUAAGGCAGAAGAUGGCCGCAUUAUUACUGGUGUGGCUGCACAGCUUGCUGACGAGAGCCGUUACUUCUAUUUGGCUGACCGAGUCGGCGAUUUGAAUGUCAUGGUACUACUUCGUCCUGGGCAACAACUGAAGCUGGAACUGAUUGAUCCAAUAUCUCCGGACCACCUCGUCACACCUCAGCAUGUACUUUGCUCUCGAAAAGAGUGUCCUAUCACUCCUAACCCUACGGAAUCUAUUUCAGAAAGCACGGACGACCCACAGUUACUCAAAGUUUUAAACACCUCUCGAAUCUUAACAGCUUCCCUUUCAAAAGCCGAACGACAGAACCGUGAGCUGUACAUGCAGUUAAUUAUUUCCCGCGUCGCUUGUGCACUCCUAAGUUUUUUGUGUAUUGUUUUUGCCAUUGCUGCUCUAACAUUGUGUAUUCGCCUGCGCAAAACUCCAGGAUUUUACAGAAAAAAAGCACCACCCUCUGAACUGAGCGUUUGUCGAGAUCCUCACCCGUCACCCUCGUAUUUCCAAACAAAUGGGAAAAUUAAUGUUGGUCAACCAUCCCCUGUGUAUUUCACAGACACCUCUCCAAGACACGCAGGGCUAGCACACCUUACUGGUGAUACGGCAAGUGUGAACAACGUCCUAAUGACCGCUAGUAAUUUGAGUGAUUGUGGUGCCAUUCCUGGAAUUCAUGGAGCCCAAAUUUCCUACGCUGCACUUGGCCCUCAGUAUGGUCAUUUGUCAGGAUAUCCUAUCUCAGCGGGGCGUGCUUCCCUUUAUAAUGACAGUUCAGGCGUGCUUACUUUUGUUCCAGUCACAACACGUGGUGUCAUUGUGCCUUAUCAAAACGGAUCCGCAAGUCCCGCACCAUCGAACCAUUCUAUGAGUGAAACUCGAGGCGUUGGUGUUGUUCGAAGUGGUUCGCUGGGACGCUAUUCCGAACUCAACGUAUGUAAUUCAGAAAAUGGUCGGCGAAAGUUUGCUAGGCUAAAUAAGCAUCCUGUAUCGUUGAAACACAUUGAGUCUGCCAGUUCACAGAUGCAUCAUAACCCAAUGUCCUUACAACAAAACAUCUUAGAUGGGCAGCAAAUGAGGGGGUUCCAAAAUCCCACUACGACAGCUGUGGACCAUGUGCCAAAAUCACCAGGCACACCGGUUAUAAACGAUCUUAUUUUGUUUCAACAAGCGGACAGUGGCAACCAACCAAAGGCGACUCAUCGUUGCGCAUCUGCCGAACUGCCCCUUCCCUUCCCGAAAGCCUAUGCUCCGUGUGCAUCGAUCGAUGGGGAGAGGACAAGUGUGAAUUCAAACCAUUUGAAUCAUAUCCAAGAGUCAUGCGUAACGGUCGUUCGGAAGCCGGCGUUGGCCAAU